AUGAGGCCCAUUCUGUCUCUGCGGCCGUACAUUGCAUCUACCCGACACCGACUGACCGCUCUGCCACACCGCCGUCUCGCUGUUCGUUCCAUCGUUAACCGGUCGAUCGCUCACAGAAGGCGGCUCAAUUCCUCAUUAGCAGCCGAUCGGACAACCGAGAGGCAGGGCCUCAGUGACCGCGAGGCUGCUAUCCUCCACGCGAAGUAUGCACCACAGUCGCAGUCGGAGCAAGCAACAUCAUCACCCCUGGCCAGAUACCACAAACUCGUCGAUUCUGGCGUCCUCAGGUAUGAUGAACACCAGGAGAGGAUCAUCGGGAAGUUGCAGAAGCUGCAUGACGAGGUAGCGAACUACCAUCCACCACCCGUCCCUCAUGAGCCGCCGCGUCCAUCCCUAUUCUCCCGCUUCCUCGGUCGAUCAGCGCAAGUUGAGCAUGGGUCAGCAACAACAGAGAACAAGCCAAAGGGCCUGUACCUCUACGGCGACGUUGGCACGGGCAAGACCAUGCUCAUGGACCUCUUCUACGAGACCAUCCCCCCGCACAUCAAGCGCAAGCGGCGAGUCCACUUUCAUGCCUUCAUGAUCGACGUACACAAGCGGGUACAUGCGACGAAGGCGAAGCUUGGAUACCAGGGAGGCGAUGUGAUCGGCCCUGUUGCGCGGGAGCUGGCGAACGAGGCGUACAUCCUAUGCUUCGACGAGUUCCAGGUCACUGAUAUCGCGGACGCUAUGAUCUUGAGGCAGCUCUUUGAGCGUCUCCUGAGCUAUGGUGUCAUCUGUGUUAUUACAUCCAAUCGUCAUCCAGACGAACUAUAUAAGAACGGGAUCCAGCGAUCGAGCUUCGUUCCUUGUAUAGAGCUUCUUAACACCCAGUUCGACGUCACAGACCUUGACUCAGGCACAGAUUAUCGACGAAUACCCCGCACGCUCUCGCAUGUAUACUACGACCCCCUCACGCCUGAGAAUACAGCUGAGGUCGAGAAGAUCUUCAAGGCGAUCACAUCCGACCCGUCAGAUCCCGUGCAGCACCACCGCAAGCUCACGACAUGGGGACGGACGAUCACCGUGCCGGAGAGCUCGAGCACAGUGGCCAAGUUCCAGUUCGACGAGCUCUGUGGGAUGCCGCUGAGCGCGGCGGACUAUCUGGAGAUCGUGAAGCACUUCAAGACGAUAUUCAUUUUCGACGUGCCGAAGAUGGGGAUGAAUCAGAAGGACAAGGCGCGGAGAUUCAUCACCUUCAUUGAUGCAUGCUACGAAAGCAAAGCGAAGUUAUUUAUCACUUCCGAGGCACCGAUAGCCCAGAUAUUCUCUGAGGAUGGGGACAAUGCCAGCGAUGCGGUGUCGGACCAGAUGCGGCAGAUGAUGGACGACUUGGGUCUUCCGAGCGACAUGGUCAUCUCAAGUUCGGUCUUCAGCGGAGACGAAGAGUUGUUUGCGUUCGCGCGGUGUUGCUCGCGGCUUGUGCAGAUGGGCAGCAAGGAGUGGGCGGAGACCGCUGGUGCAUCAUAG